ACAAUUUAAAACACGGUGGCAGGUAGUAAGUGGGGAAGAAGAAUGUUUCUGUCUCUGCCUACACUGACUGUUCUUAUUCCACUGAUCUCCUUAGUAGGACUCUUCUACUCCGCCUCUGUGGAGGAAAACUUCCCACAGGGCUGCACUAGCACAGCCAGCCUUUGCUUUUACAGUCUGCUCUUGCCCAUCACCAUACCAGUGUAUGUGUUCUUCCACCUCUGGACUUGGAUGGGUAUUAAGCUCUUCAGGCAUAAUUAAUGCAGCCAUAGCCAAGAUGGUUUAUGUAUUAAGUCUUAAGCAUCUGUCUCUGAAAGCUCAUCUCGAUGGACAUACUGGAGACCCAUUUAAUUUGGAGGAAAGUUGCUUUGACUUGCUUAACUCAGGUUUAGGACUAAGAUUUAAGCUACAGAAGCUUUGAUUGUACUCUGUUCUGCCCCUUUUGAAGAUUCUGACUGCUGUAUUGGAGAAACAUUUCAAUAAAAUGUCUUGAUGGAGAUUAACUCCCCUAAUCAUCA